UUAAAAGCAUGGAAAAUUUGCGACGUAGAAAAUUAAACGAAAAGAGGGUUUUAAAUGGAAAUGAAAAACGUGUAUAUAAAAAAAUCCCUAAAGCGAAUGGAAAAAGUUUAGCAUUGAUCACAAUUGGCUUACUUCUCUUUUUAGCCAUAGUUACUUCUGUUCUAAUAAUAUUUUUACCUGAUAGUAUUCAAUCAUAUAGCUAUAAGUAUGAUGAAGUUAGACCUGCUCUAACUGGAGCACUACAACAUAACGAUAUAUUGACCAGAGUUGAAAGAAAGGCAUACAAUGAACUAGUUGGUCCAGAGUCAUUUGCACAUUAUAAUAAUGAGAUAUAUACUAGUACCAAAAAAGGGAUAUUUAAAUUGAAAGAAUCAAGAAUAGAAUUUGUUGCAAGAAUUGGCAAGCCUCCUUGUGAUUCUUUAGAUGAUGAGGAUACCUGUGGUAGACCUUUAGGCAUAGAAUUCAACUCUCAUGGUUUACUUUAUAUAGUUGACUCUUACCUUGGAAUAUACACCGUUAACGUUACCAGUACCAUAAAAAAAAUCGAUACCAUAUUGGACAAAGCAUACUUGAAUAGCAGGAAUAUUAAAUUCUUAAACAGUCUACAGUUAGAUGAAAAGAACGACAUAUAUUUUACAUCCUCUAGUACCAAAUGGAAUAGAAAAGAUUUUAUGAAAGCCAUCUUAGAGGCUAGACCUGAUGGAAAAGUUUAUAAAUACAACCCUAAAACGAAAGAACUUAACGUUGCGGUCGAUGGUUUGAUUUUUCCUAAUGGAUUGUUGAUAUCCCCUAAUCAUGAUUACCUUCUAAUCUCAGAAUCAGUCAAAGCUCGUAUAUUAAAAUUCAAUCUAAGAGGCCCAAAUAAAGGAAAAUUAGAGGUAUUUGCUUCUAACCUUCCCCUCAUUCCAGAUAACAUAAAAUACAAUUCCAAAGGAAAUAUAUGGGUCGCUGCAGCCUCUAUAAGGGCACAAGGUUUUUUCUCUCCUUUAGACUCUCUUGCCCCGUACCCACAACUUAAACGUUAUCUAUUUAAAUUGAUUGAUCCCUCUUGGAUUAGUAUGCUUUUGCCAAAAUAUGGGUUGAUUGUUGAAUUAGAUGGGAAGACUGGCAAAAUUAUUCGAAGCUUUCACGAUCCAAAAGGAAGAUACGUGUUUGCCAUAAGCGAAGCGCACGAAUUCAAUAACAAGCUAUAUUUGGGCUCAUAUGUAACCCCCUUUUACUCCGUUUUAAAUCUUGAUAAAUUGUGAUAUUAUAAAUGAUUUUCAUAACUUCACAAUUCAACAGAUAUUAUAAAGCACUAAAAGCAAUAUUUCACUAUUUAAUCGUUUUGAAAAUUGUUAAUUAAUAAUUAUGCAUGAUAACUUAUAACUAUUUACACAUUAUAUAAAUAUUUUUAUAUUUUUUAUAAAAAAAAAAUAUUUCCAAAUAUUAUAAUAAAACACUUUAUAUGCAUUUUA